AUGGCGACCAACGAUUGGGUUGAGCAGCCAGGCAAGUCGCCUCGCCAUUAUUCAACAAUAUCAACCGAUGAAGAGGAGGUGGAACAUAGGGGACAAUACUUUCAAAGUCUGGCCAACAAAGACACAGACAUGCACAUAGACCACGGAGGGCAUCAGCAUCAACAGCAGCACGAGGAGCAGAUAAGCGACGAGGAAGCAGAGGUUCAAGAGCAAGUGGAAGAGGAAGAGGAAGACGAUGCAGAAGGCGAUGCCUCGGACGAUGAUGCAGUUGACGAGUCGGUUCAGCACGACAUGCUGAAGCUGCAGAAUACUUUUCCUGGCUUCAUGGACAAAUACCGACUGAUCAAAAGGAUCGGUGAAGGCACCUUUUCUACCGUAUACAAGGCUGAAGACCUGCAGUACGAAAUGUACGACAAUACCUGGGACCUGGAUAGAGAUAUUGAUAGAUGGCCGCCAACACCGGUCAAGAGUUCCAAACAUCGAAACCAGCCGAGGCGGAAACCCAAAUAUGUCGCCAUAAAGAAGAUAUAUGUUACUUCCUCGCCAAGUCGCAUCUUGAACGAGCUAGAUCUCCUUCACUCUCUCCGUGGCUGCCCUGGAGUCUGUCCCAUGGUCACGGCCUUCCGCCACACCGACCAGGUGGUUGCCAUUCUUCCCUACUUCCGCCACUCGGACUUUCGCGACUAUUUCAGAAAUAUGACCGUCCCAGAUAUGUCUAUAUAUCUGCGGUCUUUGUUCACGGCACUAAAAUGGGUUCACAAGGAGAAGAUACUUCACCGUGAUAUCAAGCCAACCAAUUUUCUGUACGACCCAUAUACGGCGCGUGGCGUUCUCGUUGAUUUUGGCCUCGCAGAGCGUCAGGGGAGCGAGGGCUACAAGCCCUGCAUAUGCCAGGAAAACACCGAGACUCGCCGCGCCAAGCUUAAGAGAGCAUAUGCCAACUCUUCAAUCGACAACCUCGCGAUCGGCUUCCCCAAGGAGGACAGGCGACCGUCGCGCCGGGCAAACCGAGCAGGUACUAGGGGCUUCAGAGCCCCGGAGGUGCUGUUCAAAUGCACCCAGCAGACGACCAAGAUCGACAUUUGGUCCGUUGGCGUGAUUUUGCUGACCAUUCUCAGCCGACGGUUCCCUUUCUUCAAUAGCGCCGACGACGUCGAGGCCAUGAUUGAGAUAUCAACCAUUUUUGGCACCCGCAAGAUGAAGAUAGCCGCGCAAUUACACGGCUGUAAUUUCGAGACGUCGAUCCCGACCAUCGGCUCGGCCGGCUUUAGCUUUGAGCGCAUCAUCAUCUGGAGUACCGUCCGCCCGGAGAACAACCCUCUGACACCUGAUGAAGAGCUGGCAGUCAAGUUUUUGUAUCAAUGUCUGGAGCUCGACCCACGGAGACGAAUCAGUGCCGCCGAUGCGCUCGAGCACGAGUUCCUGACCAAAUGGACCACGGGUGCGGAAUCCGCGGUGGACGAUGAUGACGAGGUAGACAUGGUUGAGGCAUAG